UCACAACAGGUGGACUGGGGUUCUAGCCAUCCAAUAAUACAACCAAACUGUUUCUUAAAAAACACUCCAAAAUGUCAACAGAAAAGGCAAACGCUCCUAGUGACAUUACUAAAGAUCCUUCCGCAGUAAAGGACUUAAUAAUUCCUCUCUCAGACUCGGUAGAAGAGAAAAAAGAAAAUGACAAAACUCCCAAGCUUCGUAUUUACCGUACGAGUGAAGUCAUUGAACAAGAUGGAAUCUUAGAGCAAGCAAUCUUUGUAUUUCCGUCUGUUGUGAGUUUAAACGUCGGAGGAUAUCACUACCACUCGACGUCUUAUACCUUGACGCAGUUCUCCGAGUCUAGGUUAGCGAAGAUGUGUAAUGGGAUUAUCCCUUUGGCGAAGGAUCCUAGAGGUAACAUCUUCAUUGAUCGAGAUGGAGCGACGUUUCGAUAUAUCUUGAGUUUCCUACGAAGCAGGAAGUUGAAGCUUCCUCUUAACUUUAAAGAAUUUGAUGAACUUGAAAGCGAAGCGGAAUACUACGAGAUCGAGCCAUUGGUGGAAGCGCUAAAGAAAGAGAAAUCAAAAUACGUGAAACAGAAUUUUAAUCUUCGUUUAAGUUGCAGUAAAGAGGGCGCGGUUCUUGCUGGCGAGGUCAAUAACCUUGUUAACAUCAUUCCUAACAUUGAAAAUCUCGGCGGAAGACUUAAUACAGGUGAAGGGUUUGAGUUCUUGACUGGGGACAAGGUAACCAAAGGUGCGCAGAUGGAGUUUCCGUUAAAAUCCUCUCAAGUUGAUGCUCUGGUCCAACAUAUAUUGAAAUGUGGUUAUGAAAUCAAAGGGACGCAUUUUGCGUUCGACGAUAGUGAGAAACAAACUUGGAUUUUUGAAAAAAAGAAUAUUUGAAGCAUUAAUGUGAAUGACUGGGCAUGGAAUGAGAUGACAGCUGAACAACGUAACGUAGAUCGAAACAUGUGGCAAGCAUAAAGCGGUUUAGUAUGAGUAGAAAACGAAACGGCUAGUCCGCAGCUGUACCGUAUUUUACCGUAACCGUAACUACGUGUUUUGAUUGGAUGAAUUACUGGAAUGUGAAGCCAAUUCAAUGUUACGGCAUGUUAUGCGUGCUGUAAUUACAUACUGGUCUUGGCAAAGACAUCGCGAUAUAGGGUGGAAUUUUUGACGAAUCCUUUCAAAAUUAACCGAACAAGUUACGAUAUGGGGCAGUCCCCAUGUAAGACAUGAUCAAAACCAGAUAAGAGGUUGCUUACUCAAUGAGGGACUUAGUUGUAAGAACUACUCAGGUUUAACUGUGUCUGAUGGGGUGGGGAAGGGCAAAGAGAGACAAAUGGAAUGGAACUCUUACAGUAUUUUCUCCUCCAGACCUAUUUAUCUUGGGUGCAACCCAUCCAAAACCAUGUGUCAUUUUCAUUUCAUUUUCAAUGUCUGUAUUUAUACUGAAUAAGUAAGUCAUUUACAGUGGCCAUCUUGAAUUAUUGAAUGUUAAGGGGCAAACGUCGAAAAUUUAUAAAGCACAGAGUGGCAGUUGCCCCCUUAGCAUCCCAUGAUGACUCAUUGUGUAGUUCCAGAAAUCAUCCAUACCCACCCCACAG